AUAAGGCUCGAGUGCGAGAGUGCCAACCAAAUUUACAUGAUUGGUGCAAUCGAGUGCCGCGAGCAGAUCUGCGAGAGCUGAGCAGCAUCACGCAGACUUGACUGCAGGUCAUUUGCACCGGCAGCAGCUGCAUCAGGAUACCGGCACAUGCUGCUCAGGUCCAGGGCGGGACCCUUGAUCAAGGAGGUGAUCGGCAGGAACCACCUCGAGAAGGUCACGCAGCAUCCAGACGAGGUCGUCCCGUGCCUGCAGACUCAGUGGACGCAUAUACCUAUCGAAGUUCUUUCAACUCUGGAAGCGAUUUUUGCACAGAUGCAGCUAAGUCAACGGCAGUCAAUCAAACACAUGGUUCUCUUGGCAUUUCGUGAGCACGCGGUUUUGCCUCUCGAAUAGAAUCUCACGGAAUACCUGGAGCAGUCAGAAAAGUGCCACCUACACUUCAGCAAAUGUUCCUCGUCCUGCAGAGCAUUCCCACUCGAUUCCCAGUGAGCGAGAGUUUGUUGCGGCUUGACACCCUAACCGCCUUCUGUACGUGAGUCGCAACCCUGAGCCGGUGGUCAACUUGGAGCGUUUGCCGUAGCGACAAGCCUGUAACAAAUAUUUACUUUGAAAUUGCUCAAAUUUCUCUCACCAGAGAAGCUGCCGGGAAUACACGCAGGCUCCUUCAGCGUCCUGUGAGCGUCGCCUCAGGGUAUCACGCCAGCACCCUGAGUGAAUUAUUCUCACUGUCUGCCGACCGACUAUGCUACAAGCAUCGCAUGAUCUACUGAUUUCAACCUCUGAGGGUGCAUUGUUCCUGACAUGCGUUUCAAAAUUAAUUUUUAUCCGUCUGUUUGCGUAGCGUGUGAGAGUGCAGGUCUACAAAAAGGAUAAUUGCGUGAGCAGGCAUCAACCUGAGCAUGAUCAGUAGCAUUUGACCUGCUUUAAAAAGAAUGUGAAUUUUUCCUCUUUUUUUCAAGUGAAAAGAGCUACAGUUCUGACCCUGGUUAAAAAUGUUGCAUGCCGUGCAACAAAUAAAUUAUUACUUUUUGUGAAUAUUUUUUACUAUUAUUAGAACCUUCAAAUAUUUUAAAUUCCAAUAUUAAUUUCAUGGUCUUGCUUAGUGAUUUUUUACACGGCCAUUUUUCCUUUCUCAAAACCAAGCUCUAAAAAUUAUAAUAUUUUUUAUAUCUUUUUGAACGAGGAAGUUUAUACAAAGUAAUUUUAACGCAUCAAUAAAUCGCUGUGGCGUGCAUGCUUUUCAUUUGCAUGCCGUUUGCAAUUUUCCCUAUCGCCCUAUUUGUGCGCGUGAUAAAAAGAUUUACUUUAUUAUUAUUCAAUUAAGGAACAUAAAUAGACUGAGCGCAGCAUCUCUCUCUGCGAGCAACUCUUUUGUACUCACGUGAGGCAAUAAACCACAAUUACGGGAGCGAUUCAUGAAGAAUAAAAUAUGAUUGGCUAUCCAAUUGCGCGCCGAGCGUGAUUCGAAUUUAUCACAAUUAUUGCCGAUGCGAGAGGAAUAGGAAACGAGAAAAGCCGUCGGUAAUGGAGACUACUUAAUUCACACACGAAUAAUCCCCGUGCAAUUUAGAAAGGAAAUAAUCGGGGAUUAUGCAUUAACAAGAGUGCGAGUGAGCGAAAAAUGAGGCAAUCGACCGGCGCGGAUUCGGAUGUGUUACGCAAAAUAUCUCGGGAAAUGGUGCAUGGGAAUACUUUCUUCCUCAAUAAGUGAUAUGCGUGUAAACGGCAUUUCGCGCUUAAUUGCCCCCAUAUCGCGAGCACGACUGGGCGAAUAUCAUUAAUGUGCAGCGGAAGGAUGUGAGAGCAGAUGCAUGAUCGCGCGCGGGACCAAGUGGAACUCAACUAUAAAAGCGCCGCAACACCUUUCGCAGCCACACAUUACCUCUAGUUCCUGCAAGCAACCCGUCAUGAAUAUUUCAACUUGCUUCAUUCUCGCCCUGUGCACCUCCCUGGUUGCAUCACAGGGUGGAGGCCGAAGAUUUGCCAGCGGAGGAAGCUUCGGGGGUGGCCGUGGAGGAGCUGGAGGAUUCGGUGCCCUGGCCAGCGGUGGAGGCGGGCUCUCAGGAAACAAUUUCGCUGGGAAUGGGGGUGGUUUUGAUGGCGGCAAUGGGGGUUUCGGUGGCAUUGGGGCUGGAUUUGGGGACAGCGGCGCCGCUGGCAAUGGCAAUAAUGGAGCCGUAGGAUUUGGGGGCUCGUCUGGAGGCUUUGGCGCCGCCGGUGACCUUGGAGGAGAAGGUGGAUUUGGUGGAGACUCCAGCAACGAAGGCGCCGAUUUCGGUGCCAAUGGAUUCAGUGGAACUGAAGGACUUGGUGGCCACCAUGGCCACCUCCUGAAGGGAUUCGCAUACAGCCACAUCAACGUGCACAAGCCCAAGACACACACGAUCCCUCUCUUCAAGUACGUCAAAUAUCACUACCACCACGAUGACCACCAAGAUGAGCAACAUCACGACCAACACCACCAUGGCUUUGGAUUUGGUCAGUGAUCGCAACAAAUCAAAAAUACUAAUGACCUCGUAGUGUUGUUUUUGUUCCUUUAUAAUUUUUAUGGAUUAAUAAACUUUUAUAUUCAAAUUA